UCUUUUUUUGGGUAGGCUCUACACUCUCUCAAUUUCUCUGUAAAACCCUACCUACAUUGUUUGUUCUUCAUUUUCAAUAGCUAAUAUUUACAUUUUGUACAUUCUCCAUAUAUAGAAAGAGAGAAUUUAGAGAGAGAGAGAGAGAGACAAGCAGACCAGACCAUGCCCCCUCGAUUGCCAACUCGUAGGAAGUCGACAUGGAAAUCGAAACAAUCGGAGCUCGAAUUGAGUCUGGCCGACCAGAGCAACACAGUGCCGGAGUCGGAGAACAAAGGCCAAGAAGCUCUAUCUGCUGCGGUGAAGGACGAAGGCGGCGAACAGGUGGCGCCGCUGGUGAUCGCCGGAGUGGAAAUCAAGCAAGAACUUAGGGUUUUAGACUCAAAUUAUGCAGACGAGGCUGUAAUGAGUACAGCAGUGGAAACGAAGGUUAAGGAGGAGGAGAGGAACGUCAAUGUCAAUACUGUGAGCUUUAUGGAGGAUGGAGAAAGAAUGGAGGGUGAUCAUGACAAGUUUGACAAUGCAGCUGAGGAAGAAGAAGUAGAGGGUAAACAGAAUGAAGGAAUACAUGUUGUGGCAGAACAGAACUCAUCUGAAGAAGGAACUGCUGCUGCUCAAAUUGAUGAUGCUGAGGCAUUUGUAGACAAUGACAAUUUUCCUGUUCUCAAUGACGGUAGUGAUGGGCAAGAAGGGGGUGAAGUGGGUGCAAAGGAUGAGGAAGAUAUCUGGGACAAUGAAGAAGAUAAUGAAGAUGAGGAACAGCCUGCUGAAUUUGUCAAUAAUCACAUCACUGACAGGAAGAAAAAAAAGGAUUUCGAAAUUUUUAUUGGAAGACUGGAUAAAGGGGCCGUUGAGGACGAUCUGAUUGAAGUGUUUGGAAAGUUUGGGGAAUUAAAAGCCGCUAGGAUAGUAAGGAAUCCAACUACAAAUAAGAGUAGAGGAUUUGCCUUUAUUCAAUACAUGACUGUUGAGCAAGCAAAGAAUGCUCUUUCUGCAUUGAACGAAGGGAUCCAGGUGAGAGGCAAACACAUUAUAAUAUCAGCAAGCCAGGAUAAUGAUACUCUUUAUAUGGGCAACAUCUGCAAAUUAUGGACAAAAGAGCGUGUGCUGGGAACAUUGAAAAGCUAUGGAAUUGAAAAUAUUGAAGAGAAAUAUUUGCCAGCUGAUCCUCAAAAAGAAGGGAAGAUCAAAGGUUUUGCUCUUUUGGAGUUCAGCACCCACUCGGAUGCAAUGGCAGCAUUUCAAAGACUAAGAAAGCCGGAUGCUGUCUUUGGUCGUGAUAGAAGUGCUAAGGUUGCUUUUGCACAAACCCCAAUGCACCCAAAUCAAGAAAUUCGGUCUCAGAUGGCGGAUGAUGUUCCUCAUGACGGAGCUUCCCCAGAGAUUCCACCCCAAUUUUUCCCAGAGAUGGAGGCAGAGCCCGGGCCUGUGCAACUUCCACCCAAGGUUCGACGCUUCGACCCGACGACAUAUGAUCCUCAGACGUAUGUGCUACCACCUGAGAGUGUCCGGCAUUUCAAAGGGUUUGAGCGAGAUGCACAAGAUGAUCUUUUGUUACGAGAGUCGGCCUCCCAUUUAUCUUACGGCGCCACUGAGGAGGAUUCGCGGUCUAUCAGAGGCUAUGGAGCCACAUCCGCGAGGGAGUGGUAUAUGGAGCUCCCCGAUGGUGUCCGCCACAUUGUUGACGAGGCUGGCUUCGGCUUGUUCUGCAUGGGGCUAUCACACCUCAUAGCGAGUCGACCUCUACUUGGAGCAUUGGUAGAGAGGUGGUGGGAUACCACCAACUCUUUCCACUUCUCUACCGCGGGAGAGAUGACGAUGACUCCAUAUGAUUUCUCUAUGCUUACUGGCAUAAAGGUAGGGGGUCGUCCGAUCCCUUAUGAUACAGAUAUGGGUGAAUGGGAGGCUGCAUAGAUCUACCUGCUAGGAGCACACCCACCUCUCUUCCGAUCGGGGAUGGUACGAUAUAGCUGGUUUGCAGAGCAGUUUCGAGGGAGAGAGCCAGAGACUCCAGAGGAGGUCGCGCACUACGCCCGAGGCUUCUUGAUGUUCCUCUUCGGCACCACUUUGUUCGCCGAUAGAGCGAACACUGUUGGGUUGUAUCUCCUGAGUGCAUUGGUGGAUUUGUCUCAGGUCCAUAUUUAUGAUUGGGCCGGUGCUGGCCUUGCGACAUUAUAUAGAUAUAUGAGCUCGACAUCCCGCAGGAGCGGGAACAGGGUCGGCGGCUAUUGGAGAGCCUGGGAGCUUUGGGUAUAUGCCUAUUUCCCGGCCCUUGCCCCAGAGCCAGAGGUGGAGAUGCCUCCUGUCGUGCCGUAGUCUCACCGGUAUGACGGGAGAUGUCUACGGAGGACCCGAAAGACUUUUUCAUUCUUCCGCCGGUACUUUG